AUGUCUGUACCGUCUGCGCCCGAAUACUACCUCAAUCCCAACCUUCAUAUCAACACCAUCGAUCCGCCAGUACAGAUUGGCGCCAAAUGGGCACGCGCGUAUCCUUCGAGUGCGUCGCCAUUAGCAGCAGCGGACGUGUUGCCACACUUUGGCUUGCUCAACCUUGCACAGGGCGUGCCAGACCUCCCGCCUACACCUGAAUUUCUCCAACGCAUUCAGUUCGAAGCUCUUCCAGAGAACGUGCCUUUGCCAGCACGUCAUACACAUGGCUACGGGCCCGUAUUUGGCGAUCCGAGUCUACGACAAGCUGUCGCAAGGGAUAUCAAUCGAGUCUACCGAACACCUGGCAAAGGAAACCGGAACGAGGUCACACAAGACGAUGUUGCGAUCACCGCCGGCUGCAACCUUGCCUUCGCCACAAUUGCGACCUCGCUCUGUGCUCCGGGAGAUGCGCUCGUUGUUUGCGAUCCGUGGUACUUUAACCAUCAGAUGACCUUGACAGCCUUCGGAAUUCAGAUCGCUGCAGUACACACAAAGCCACCAAACUACUUUCCUGAUCUCGUAAAGAUCCGUGCGUUGUUGACAAUCGAUAACCGCGCUUUCAAAACGGUCAUCAAGGGUGUUGUAUUGGUGACACCGAACAAUCCGACAGGCGCAAUCUAUCCUCCAGAUCUGAUUCGCGACAUUGCUGUAGUGUGCAGAGAUUUCAAAGUGCCGCUCAUUCUCGAUGAAACCUACCGCGACUUCGUAUUGACAGGCAACGACCUCGACGAUGAGGCCCAGACCUCUGGCUCAGAUUCAACUUCUUCUCUUCCGUACAACUUUGCGCGUCCGCACAACCUGUUCGAGGAAGACCCUCGCCAUCCGCUCAUACCAAAUAGCUAUGCUAAUUGGGACUGGCGUCACGGCCUCAUCCAGCUGUUCAGCUUUUCAAAAAGCUACGCCAUCCCAGGACAUCGUCUAGGCGGCUUUGUAGCACACCCAGCGCUGCUCGAGCAGAGAAUCAAAGACGAUUCAGGCGCCGACAAGGUGAUCUUUGGUCCUGCAGCUAAAGCGCUCGACAAUUUCCAAGUGGCUCCGCCGCGCACCGACACUCAAAGAGCAGUUGCGUGGGCGAUCGAGGAUCCGCAGCAACUCAGAUGGCGCAGCCACGUCGCAACCGAGCUUCGCAAUCGUAGGCGCGCCUUGGUUCACGGUCUCUCGAAGCCUGUCGCCCCGUUCCUCAACCAAGACGCCAGCUCACUGGCCAAUUCCACCGCGGACACUAGCUUGGCCAAGUCGCCCAAAGACUGGGGCUGGCACGUGGAGUCGACGGGCGCCUACUACGCCUUCUUGCGCCACCCUUUCACUUCGAUUCCGUCGGACAAAGUGGCGCAAGCGCUUGCAGAGCUCGUCGGCGUCGUAACACUGCCCGGCUCUUUCUUCAUGCCCGUUGGUGCGGAUGCGACUUCGCCAGAUUCCCCUGGCUCGCGUCUGCGUGUCUCGGUUGCCAAUGUAACCACCGAAAGCUUGGCCAAGUUGCCAGAAAGAUUGGCCAUCUUGAGCGAGUUAUGGCACAAAAAGGGCGCUGGAUGGGGUGUCACUUUCAAGUGA